UAAAAGUCAAACAAAUGAAUGAAUGACUGAAUUGUUUACUCGUAUUUUGAGAGACAAUACACAACACAAGCGUUGAUAACAAUAAUUAGCGACAAAUCUCUUUGAGUGGUGUCUUUGAAUUGAGUGCCAAAACGCGACCACAGAUCAGAUGGUGGACUGAAUCGGCCACUAAUGGAGAGCAAUGGUCUGGAAGUGAAUCAAUCGCUGUUCGCGACGGCCGUCGCCGACGCCAAUGGAGUCUCGUUUCAGGACUUCUUCGACGACCGAUCGAUCGACAGUUUGGAUCAAUUGGUCUUCGAUAGCAAUCAUAUCAACUCGAGUGGACACGAGUUCGGCAAUGGAUACGAAUUGGGGGACAAUCGGCGCGACGACGACGAGGACGACGAUCGCCGCGACGACAACGCGAACCACAACGGGUCCGACGGCGAAGAGGACGACGACCGCAACGACUCCAUCGGGUGUGACGUCCCCUUCGAGUAUAUCAUACAUGAACAGCAAAAUGACAGUUACAUUCAUCACACGAUAUCUCAAGACUCGAUAACAAUGCACAUCAAUCCGGGCAACAGUCCGAUGCCGCGCAACCCGACGCACCUGACACUGACCAUCGAGAGUCGCAACGAGGCGUCGGGUAUGAAAGAGAUCAAGCGGUUCCGCUGUACAUACGAGGGCUGCGCGCGAACUUACAGUACGGCCGGCAAUCUGAAGACCCAUCAGAAGACCCACACCGGAGAGUAUACGUUCGUGUGCUCGCAGGACGGCUGCGGCAAAGCCUUCCUCACGUCCUAUAGUCUUAAGAUUCACGUCAGAGUCCACACCAAAGAGAAGCCGUUCGGGUGUCCCAUCAGUGGCUGCGAUAAGGCAUUCAACACACUAUACAGACUGAAAGCGCACCAGAGGUUACACAACGGCAACACAUUUAACUGCAAACAAUUUGGUUGUCUUAAGUUCUUCACCACUUUGAGUGAUCUGCGGAAGCAUUCGCGCACUCAUACGGGAGAGAAGCCCUACGCCUGCGCUGAGAACGGCUGCGGGAAGGCCUUCGCCGCCAGUCAUCACCUGAAGACACACGUGCGCACCCAUACGGGUGAGCGGCCCUACUCUUGCCAUCAGAAUGGCUGCCAAAAGUCAUUCACCACUCAAUACAGUCUGAAGAGUCAUUUGCAUCGACACGACAAGAGAGUGGAAGAGUUGGACAACUCAUUAAACAAUUAUCAGUCAAUUAUUACCAAUAAUAGCAAUAACACAAUGAAUGCCAAGAAUUUAGCCAACAGUGAGACAAAUGGUGCGAUAAAUGGGAGUCAAGACUAUACAGUGAUGAACGACAACGAGGCGGCGGCUCUCCUCACGUCCCUCUGGGGCUCAAAGCUGUCGCACAACGAGCCCUAUCUGCCAAACAAUUUCACUAUUCUUAACGAACAGUCCACUCACAAGAUUGUCAACACCAAUGGCUCUAACAUUACUGCUUACGCAUUGAUUCCCAUCAGUGGUGUGGAAGUGCCUCUCGAAGGUUAUAUCAUACCAGAGGUUGUGAACAUAACUCAA